CAGAACCCCCCACCAUCACCACCAUAAAGUGGCAGCAGAACAGAAAGAUGAACUCACUGCACAGACAGCUGAGUCAGCUGCUCCGAGUAUGGAGGUGGAGGAGGAGGGAGGAGGUGUCUCUCUACCCAGCCCCUGGCUUUCACUGCAGCACAUACUGCUCCACCACUUCAGAACCAGUAGAUCCUUUAGAGAUCCACAAGAAGAAGCUCUUCCUGUGGUUCAGCCACCUUCCUCAGGAGGAGAAACAGUUUGGUGGUUGCUUCAGCCCAGAGACCAUGCAUGUGGAUCCUCUGAUCUUAGAAAGAACGUCUGAGGAGAGUGCAGGACUGCUCAGCUCCCCUAUCCAAACCCAGACCCCCUUCAGCCCCUCUGUGACUGUGGAACAGCUGUUUGAACCCACCAAUGACUGGAGUGAGAGAGGUCGGGGGCUCAAUGUACUGCUGUAUGGUGCCGUGGGAACAGGAAAGAGUACGGUGGUACGAAAGCUGGUGCUGGAUUGGUGCGCUGGGAACACCCUGACCCACUUCAAACUACUGGUUCCUUUCUCUUGUGAGGAUCUUGGCCAACUGUCAAAGCCUCCAUAUUGGUUACCACCAGACUGUCUGCCCUGGACCGUAUCCCUCAGAAGUAUGUGAGUCGCUAUGCACAGAUCUGUGGCUUUAAUGACCCAGCCCGCCAGCGGGCAUACUUUACCGGCCGCCUCCUGCAGCAGAGUGGGGAAACUGUAUGUAACCAUGAUGCCCAGGCUCUUAUAGAGCUGCUUUAUCUCAACCUCCAGAGAGAAAGCCAGCUGGCCGCAGCAUGCUUCCUCCCCUCAUACUGCUGGCUCACAUGUGCUACCUUACACUUCCUCCAUUUCACUGAUGCCAAUGCACCCAUCCGCACACUGACUGGCAUAUACACCAGUUUCCUUAGGCUCAACUUUGGGGGUGAGGUGCUGGGCACAGGGACAGGGGCAAAUGUGCCCCUUCAGGAUCACCACAAUUCUCUGAUGUUGUAUGUAGUCCGUACAGUUGGUAAACUUGCAUUUGACGGUGUGACAUACAAACGCUCAUCCUUCUCAGAAAAGGAACUAGAGCAGUGGAUAGGAGGGAAGACCAAGACAGAUGAGGAGCUACGUCAGCUGGCCAUGUUCCGGACUGACGUGCUAGACUUCUUCCUGGUUCCCUGUGUAGAAAGUGGGAAGCAUUUACCAGAAGGACCCAGUGAGAAUGAUGAGAUGCGGUAUGUGUUUGCUGUCCCAGCCAUGCAGGAGUACCUGGCGGCUCUCUACGUGGUACUAGGAGAGAAUAAAUCAGCUCUGGAGAAGCUGACCAAGAAGGUGUCUGUGGCCAUUGGUCCAGCAAGUGAAGAUGUUAAUGCCCUUGUUAACAUCUUUUCUAAGUUCAUCCCUCUCCGAAUCUUUGCCGUGUUUAACCUCCUCAAGCUGUUUCCAAAGCUCUAUGAGAAAAUCAUCAGUCGCAGCAAAGGCAGCAUUGCCAGAACCAUGGCAGCUGAGAUGUUCCGUACAGAGGAUAGCUACAACGAGGAUGUCCUUGAUCAGGUCGAGCAAAGCCUCCUGGGAGUCCAUGGCCCACAACCAAAGCAGUACUGUGAAGGCCAGCCUUUUGAACUCUACCCUAUCUUCAUGGGAGGACUGUUACAUUAUGGUAACCGUGUACUUCUCCAGCAACUUGGGUGCAGCAUUCAGAGCACCACGGUGGCCCAAAUCACACGUGCCCUUAGGAAGCACCUGGUCAGACAGCUCAGCAAGCCACAGCCACCAGAGGAGCUGAUGGAUCUGCUGGUCCUUCUGUAUGAGUUUCAGAACCCCAGACUGACUGCAGAAGUUCUGGCCUCAAUCAGAUCCAUCCGCCUAAGCGACAUUCGCAUGACGCCGAUCAAAUGCUUUGUACUGAGUUCUGUGCUCUCAUGCGCCCCUGCAAG